AUGGGGGAAGGUCCAGACACAUCUUCCAACAACCCCUCAAUCCAUUUUGUCCCUCCGUUCCAAGGGUCAUGGUGGACUGAAAGUAAAGGGACACUCCUGGAGAGACAAGGCCAAAUUCAGGACAGCACAGAGCAGUUUGGCAAACUCAACAUCACCCUGGCCUGGGAUGGCUGUAACCAUUCAGACUCAAUCAUUAAUUGGGAUCUGCAUGGAGACAACCAGUGGACAGACAAAUAUCCUGAAGAGAAGACAAAACUGACUCUCAGCAAACUGAAUGGGCUGGUACAAAGGCUUGAGCAAUUUCUAGAAAAUCAGAAAGAUGACGAAGAUGAUGAGUCUGUAUUCCCUGAAUAUGCUCAAACGGAAGAUUUCCAGCUGUCCAGCAGCACCCCUUCAGAUGUGGCUCAGGUCAGUCAUCGAGAACAUGAUACUUGUCUUCAAGAUUUGCCCACAUUCAACCCACCAGAAAAUGAUGCCAUCCAGUGUCCACAGACUCCUCCAAAGCUUCAGGAACAUGAACUUGCUGAGGUGAGCACAGUGAUGCCUCAGAGGCAAGCAGGGGGCAGGCCUGGUGGAGGGGCCUGGAUGGAAUUCAGGGAACAUUGCUACCUGCUAUGAAGCAGGGCGGGCCCUCUGGGUGUCUGACAUGGCUGGGAGUGGAAGAAGGAUAACAUCAAGGAAAAGGGUCAGGGUGGAGUUGAAGGAAAAACACCAAGGACCACUGAGGGAGAGAAGAGGAUAGGAAAGUAAAGAAAAGGCUAACAAUUAGGGCCCCCCAAAAGUGUGAGUGUCUGUAUUAAUGAGUAUGGAAACUUUGCAUUUACAGAUGGGUUAUUUUUGGUAAAAGGACUUGAGUCCCAAGAAUGGGUAAUUAUGGACCCCAUGUUGUCCAGGUUGCACAUAACUCUCUCAUCAUUCAUUUCCUUGGCAGACAAAAAGACAGGCAACUGGCAGACAAAGUACAAGUACUACAGAGACCUGCUCAAUCUCAUCAGAUAAGCCGAAGAAGGACACUCAUUCUAGUACACAACCCCUCUUCUUUCUCAACUUCAGGUGGGUCUUCCGCUGGCUAAGGCAGCGAGUCCUCUCCUUAUUUUGGGGAAGAGAGCAUCCCAAGAAGGCCCCCAAGAACCCC